AUGAAGUACCUAGCGCUCCUCGCCGCUCUCGCUGCCUUCGUCGCGGCCACGCCGAGCGAAAAUGACGCCGGCGCCGUUCACCUCCGGCGCAACAACCCGGACGACCUUCUGAUAUUCACCUGCGACCAGAUGCCCGAGGUCUGCCACAACAUGUGCUACGGCGCCUACUGCGUCGGCAUCGGCACGAGGCUCAAGUACGACAAGCCCGAUUCUACGACUAAGCGCAACCGCCGCAAGGCUGCUGGAUGCAUUGAAUCCGGCGGCAACCGCUGCUCGGUCAAGAAGAACUACGACAAGGGUUACCAGUGUGACGAGUACCCCUUCGCCAGUACCGCCGUCAUUGGUGGCGGCGAUGAUCAGACCCGCAUCAACAGAUGCGUCCCUGCGGGCGAAAACAGAAAGCAAGGCGGCAUCAUCAACAGCUUCUACCGCAAGACCUACUGCGGCGGCGGGCCCUGUGAAUUCACAGCCAAGUUCUCCAAUGCCGGCAACAUCGACAUGUGUGACAGCAUGAACGGCAACAAGGACGUUUGCAACGACAAGGACAACGAGGUCGAGGGCCCCGGCUUUGGCGAGCCCGCCAAGGAUGGUGACGAAGCCGACGACGGAACCGACGAUGAUGGUGGCAACCCCGAGCCCGAGGCUGAUGCACCCAGCAAAAAGGUCAAGCGCACGAACACAGUGCACCCCAGGUAUCUGACAAGCUCUGGUCUCGAAAUUGAGAUUCCAGGCGGCGCACGCAUUGGCCAGCGUGCAGUCACGGUUCUGCCACGGAACGCGACGCUUUGGGAUGAGCAGGCAAAUGAUUAUGAGUGGGAUGGGGAUGAGGAGGACGACGAUGAUUUCGAUUAUAUGAUAGACAACUUGGACGUCAGGGACGACACUAUCGUGGCGGAGAUUUCUUAA